AUGGUUCACAACACUACCUUGCUACUGCGCGCUUGUUACCUCGACAGCGACGACGACUCUUUCGGCCAGGGCGGAGAUGCUUUGGGCCCUUUUCUCAAGAAGCACGCGUCCCGGGAGUCUCGGGAGGUGAAGGUGGCUGGCAAGGCGGCCGACGGUACAUCAAGCGACCUCACCUACACACUCCACGAGGACCCCAUCAAGGGGCAGAAGGGCGGUGCGGACCACGCACCCCUCCACCACACCCCUCUCCCCCCCUUCCUGCUCGUCAAUUACUCACCUCAGGCAGGUGGCGCCAGCACCCUUUCUGCCCUUCCUCAUCCCUCACUGCGCGCUGCUCCCCCAUUCCCUCAUCUGCUGAAACCCCUUCCGCCUCUCCAUCACCCCCUCUCUCUUCUUCCUCCCCCUGUGUGUUCCACUCUUUCUCCUCUUCGUCCAUCUCACGCUCUUCCUCCUCCUCCCUCUCACUCCCACCACCGACAGCCUUGUCCUUUUCCUUCCUCGCAUGAAACUCACCUACAUUCUCACUCCUAUCAUCCUCCCACACUGCAUGUCCAUCCUCCAAUCUACCUACUCCCAGAGAGCAAGGGCAAAGGACAGAGCUCCGUUUGGGCCCUAGAAUCCACCAGAUCUACCCAUUUUGGGCCUCCUCUCUCCCACCCGCAUUAUCUUCCACUGCUCACUGCUGCCGCCCUGCCAGCUGCCGCCCAGCCUGCUGCCGCCCAAGCCUGUGGGAGGACCACGGCAAUGCCUCCCCUCCCUCACACACACGUGGUGGCAGUGGCAGGGCGGGGUAGCACACAGGCAGCAGACGCACGGAAUGCACAGCUGCUAGCUGGGGAAGGAGGGUGGAUUGGAAACGAGAGGGGCUCUCCUCCACUCACCUCGCCUCCUCCCGCCCUCACCCCCCCUGCUGCUUCCCCUCGCCCCUCUCUCCUGUCCAACCCUGCCCCACCCACUUUCACCCACCCGCCUUCCACCAUCCCUACACCACUGCCUCCUCCCCAUGUGGCUAGGUGGACUCAAAAACUGCUCCCAGCCAUUCCUUCCCGUCCCUGCGCCAGUGUAUCGUCCCUGCGCCAGUGUAUCGUCCCUGCGCCAGUGUAUCGUCCCUGCGCCAGUGUAUCGUCCCUGCGCCAGUGUAUCGUCCCUGCGCCAGUGUAUCGUCCCUGCGCCAGUGUAUCGUCCCUGCGCCAGUGUAUCGUCCCUGCGCCAGUGUAUCGUCCCUGCGCCAGUGUAUCAUCCCUGCGCCAGUGUAUCGUCCCCCCUCUCCUAACACUCGACACCUCAUGGGGUGCUGGCGGGGCAUGGGGUGCUGGCGGGGCAUGGGGUGCUGACGGGGCAUGGGGUGCUGGCGAGGCAUGGGGUGCUGGCGGGGCAUGGGGUGCUGGCGGGGCAUGGGGUGCUGGCGGGGCAUGGGGUGCUGGCGAGGCAUGGGGUGCUGGCGGGGCAUGGGGCAGUGGGAGGAGGAAUAAGAGGGAUAACAGCAGCAGCAACAGCUUCAGCAGGAGGGGGCGGGGGAGGAGGGGCAAGGGAGAGCAGCAGCAUGUGAGAGCAAGCGACCGUCUGCACUCGCACCAGAAUGCCACCCCCCACCGCCCCUGCUCUCACCCCUUUGAGCGGGCAGCCCAGCAGGAACGCGGCAGAUGGGCAGAUCACGUGAGGUGGACUGUGGUGGACGGAGGGAGCGACUAG